GAUCAUCAAUAGACGGUCGAAACCUCCAUUUUGCCAUGCCCUCGAUACACAUGUGUACAAAUGUGUUAUGCAGUUUCCAACAACUACAAUGCACCGUCUUCCCGUCCUACGCUCCCGAGAUUCCUACUCGUGUAUGCACAAGAAUCUAAUGCACAAGACGAGUUAACUCCGACAUCCGCUCUACCCUCCAAUGACGUCAUCCCUCAAUUGAUAGCUACCCCUGUGCGAGCAGAUUGGGCUAGAAUUUCGGGAAGAACCAAAACCAACACAAGGACGAAAGCUUAUCAAGGAACAUCGGCACCACCCUUUGACUUGACGUCUCUACUACCAAAAUAACCUUUUAAGAACCACAAAUUUAUUGUGCCUUUUUCCAAGUUUCUGCUCACUUCUCUGGUGUUUAAUACUUUGCUCUCGUCCAGUCUUCUAUACUUCAUUCGUACACAGACUUCUUACGAUUGUGAGGUUAUUGUCAAUUCACAAGUCAAAGGGCAGCUGCGAUAAGGGAUUCCAUCCAAUAUCUACACAAAUAUCCCCAAGCCAGAACCAAUUCUCCCCAGACCAACCAAUUGAUUUCUCUCAAGAUGCCUUCUCUCGAAAAAGCUCUUCCACAACCUAAGAUCGAGCUAUACAGUGGAAAGUACUUCGCAGCUUGUGGACUUGGUGGUAUAAUUGCCUGUGGUCCAACCCAUACCGCCGUCACUCCGCUCGAUCUUGUAAAAUGUCGUCGUCAAGUCGACUCGAAGCUCUAUACCUCCAACCUUAACGCCUGGUCCAAAAUUUACCGGGCCGAAGGUCUUCGCGGAGUCUUCUUCGGAUGGUCUCCCACAUUCGUCGGAUACUGUUUCCAGGGCGGUGGAAAAUACGGUUUCUAUGAAGUGUUCAAAUAUUUAUAUGGCGAGAAAUUAUUCCCACAUGCAAAUCAAACGGCAAUUUUCUUGGGUGCUAGUGCUAGUGCAGAGUUUUUGGCCGACAUGGCACUUUGCCCAUUUGAGGCUAUCAAGGUCAGGAUGCAAACUACUUUGCCGCCUUUUGCAAACAGUUUGAGGGAGGGAAUGUCAAAGGUUAUUAAAGAGGAGGGCUACGGAGGACUUUACAAGGGACUCUAUCCUCUCUGGGGGCGACAAAUUCCUUACACAAUGGUGAAAUUCGCAACCUUCGAAACCACCGUCAAUAAAAUCUACGCUUACUUGGGGAAGCCAAAGUCCUCUUAUUCUGGUCUCCAACAAACCGGGGUUUCUUUCCUUGGUGGUUAUAUCGCUGGUAUUGGUUGUGCUGUUAUCUCUCACCCAGCAGAUGUUAUGGUCUCGAAACUUAACAGUGAUAGAAAAGCUGGAGAGGGAGCUGGAAAGGCUAUGACGAGAAUCUACGGAAACAUUGGAUUUGGAGGUCUUUGGAAUGGUUUGCCUGUCAGAAUUGUAAUGAUUGGAACUUUGACAGCAUUCCAAUGGUUGAUUUAUGAUAGUUUCAAGGUAGCAUUGGGGUUGCCCACUACAGGAGGACAUUAGAUUAGACGGUGUUAGGUAAAAAAGAGUUGAAUAAGGAUGGGGAGAUGGCGAUCUGGGAUACGGAGUCGGCCGGAUGGAUUGGCUUGGGUGCUUUAAUGACAUAUUAAUGAAAUGAAAUGAAAUGAAAUGAAAUUAUUUAUACA